UCCCUCUCCCGUUGACCAUGCCCAAUCACCUCGAACGCGGAGGUAGUACCCAAAAUUCGAUCGAACCCCCGGACAACCUCACCCGCGUAUAAAUAGUGGCCGACGACCACCAAAUCAGCAGAACUCAGUAGUUGUUCCACUUCGAACGAGCAAAAUGGCAUUCAAGUUUUUAGUACUCGCAGCCUUCGUGGCGAUGGCAAGUGCCGGCGGCCCGGCAGCUUACGAUAUCGGCACGCUGUCCGCCGAUCACAACAGCAUCGGCUACAGCCAAGAAUCCACCCAGAAGGGCUACGCCGGCCAGAACGUGGUGUCCACGUACAGUAGGGCCGAGGACUCCGCGCACUCGUCGGUUCGCGUGAGCAACAGUCACGUGAGCAACGACGCCCUGCUGGAACACCACGCCAUCGGAUACGCCGCGCCAGCUUUGGCUAAGAGCGCGUACAUCGCGCAGCCCGUCCUCGCCAAAACCGCUUAUGCCGCGCCGGCCUUGACAUACGCCGCUCAUGCCGCUCCGGUGAUCACCAAGACCGCUUACGCGGCGCCCGCUUAUGCUGCGCCCGCUUAUGCGGCGCCCGCUUACGGAUACGCCGCGGCAGCGCCGGUCAUCGCCAAGACCACGGCCACUUAUGCCGCGCCCGCCACAUACACCUACAGCAGCCCGGUUGUGACCAAGGCCUACGCCGCCCCGUUGGUAGCCAAGGCUGCCUACACCACCUACGCCGCGCCAGCCGCCCCUCUGGUCGCGAAGGCUGCUUACGCGGUCGCACCAGCUACCACCUACGCCGCUGCGACUCCCUUCGUCGCCAAAACCGCCUACGCCGCCGCGCCGGUCUUGGCUAAGACCGCGAUCGCCGCCGCACCGGCCGCCCUUACAUACGCCGCUCAUGCUGCGCCAGCCGCCCUCACGUACGCCGCUCAUGCUGCGCCAGCCGCCCUCACGUACGCUCAUGCCGCCCCCGUAGUCGCGAAGACGUACGCCGCUCCUUACUCGUAUGAGACCGCCGCGCCGGUGGUGCACGCUACUUUCAGCGGCUUUGGCACGAGCUACGCCUGGUAAACGAGCCUCUCUAUGCCAACUACGGUCGUUUCGAAAACAGGUGUCUUGUGUUCGGUCUCUCGAGCUCCUCCCGAUGUUACCAUACCCUCUCCGGUACAUGCAUGACUUUUUUUUACAACGCAACUGUGUAUAUAAUAUAUUUAUAGUGAUAUUUAUGUUUAUACACCACACACACAUACUACUCCUAACACGUAUACUUUACUCUCCAUGCAAGCAUGAACACUUGAGCGAGUUAUAAGUUACGCAACGUACAUUGAGAUAUACAUAUAAUUUUGUAUCACGAGAACAUCUUUCGGAUUAGUAGUAAAUAAUUCUGCUAUAUAUAUUAGAUACGAAUAAAUCGAAAUUCAUACGAUAAUAAACGGAGUACCCGCGUUUUGAAAUUAUCUUAUAGUAAUGAUAAUAUCUAAAGUAAUGAUUAUUCUUUUGAUUGCUGUUCGUUUCGUCCAGUUCUCUAGUUCUUAAACUUCACAACUUCUAAAAAUGCGGACCAUUCGGAUUACAAGUCUUUCGCGCAACAAUGGACGUUUUCUUGGAGAAAGUUCGAGAUGAGUGUACUUUAGGAGAAUUCUCGAAAAGUUUCAGAAUGUUCAAUUAAAUCAACUUUACAAAGUCGAUGCGCACUUACAUGCGUUUCUUCUAGGUGAGCGCAAUGUUAAAACACGCGGGCCAAAACUUACGUAUGCACGACACAAUCGGCCGACGAAUACAAAAGAUCCGGCACAAUAACAGAAAACGCUUUUAAAACGUGGCCUUUAUUGUUUGGCAACUGUGCGCGCUCUCGAAUUUCCAGUCCAGAUCAGAAAGAAUUUGCAUACAAUGGAUAAUCGAAAUGUACCGAUCAUUUCACAUGUGUUGCGCGAAUUUGAUUGAACACUGGCCGCUUUCACGGACGACCGGUUUCUUUUUCUGUAGUACGAAACAGUCGCAAUGAUGAAAUCGCCAAUGCGUGAUCUAAUUUCUUAUUGAAUACGCAAAAUCGAAAACUCGAUUUCCUUGCAAAAUCAACCUUGACACUUUCAUGUUAAGGUUACGUCAAUCUUAGACAUGACUAACUAAAUGUGGAUCAGACGUCGAUCCCUUCUCGCGAUUUUAUCAAAAUGAAUGUAGUUAAUGCAAAAAGAGCAAGUAUUUACUCGCGUCGCGAAUAUCUGCUCAGUUAACACCGAACAUCAGUUACACUACAUCUAUAUUAUGAUUUCGCAUUCAACAAUGUAAAUACAAUAUAACACUAUAUAUUAUAUUAUAUUUAUAUAACACACAAACUUGGAAAUGUGUUAUAUAUACAAAUUAAAAAAUUGGUUCUCUUGA